AUGUGGACCGCAAAACAUUUACGGGGAGAAACUGGUUUACGGAACGCUCGUCUGUCCGGACGACGUUUGACUGCUCUACCGAACGCGCCCGUCGCCAAGUUGGUUGUGGCCUGUUUUACGCCCUUCGACAACGGCGGUCUCACCGUGAACUUGGGAAGGUGCUACCCGACGCGUACUUUAGAGACGCUCGUGCCCAAGCAAACUUUGGUGGAGGAGGCCGACGAGCUGGAGGCUUGCGCUGUGAAUGAGAUCGGCAAGAAGGCGCCACGCACACCUCACGAGGCCCACGUAUUCCUCUCGAAGUGCAAGCCUCGGACGACGGGUUCUAUUCAGAGAGAUUUUGUGUAUCGGUCGCUCUAUGCGGCGCAACUGUUACGGUGCGAGCACCAGGGCUUUCCCCGUAGUCGCACGAUGAUUAUCGAUGGAGACGACUUGCGGCGAGACGCACCUAGUGUUGUUGGCGCCGUGGAGCGGUUCGUGGGGUUACCUCCGCAACCACCCCUCUCUGUUGAAGAUGUGACGGAAGCCUCCGUGAGGAAAAAAAUAGCCAAAACGUUCCCUUCCUUUGACGAGCGCAUCGGCUGGUCCAUCCAUGGGGCGUACGACGAGGAGGGGCUGCCGGGUGAGGUCGAGGAGCGCCUGUCGGCCUUCUUCCGGCCCCACGACGACGCGUUCUUCGAGAUAUUAGGAAGGCGGCUCGCGUGGCGGACGUAA